AACUUUGUUGCCAUAUAUCAGAACUAUUCAAACUAACAGUCGAGACGAUGUGUGUGUGUUUUUUAAAGAAACAUAAAACAUUCAAAUAGGUUAAGAAGUUUAAGACGUUUUUUGACGGGUUUCACAUUUAAAUUUUAAGGGAAAGGUGACAAAACAUUUUGAACAACUGAAGCGGGCCUAUGUACUAAGUCGGCUAUGUGCUGGUUGUUAUCCUUACGGGUUGCGGAUAUCGAUACUUGUGACCAGUACCUGUGUAUGCGUGUCACACAGACGACACACCAUAUACUGCACAACGCACACACGCCACUUUCAGAACAACACAGGCUGUUGUUGUCCAAGUAGAUACACUAGCAGUCGCCAUGAGCAGGAGUGCCCCUCACCACCGGGUUCUAGUCCUAGGGGCAGGGCUAGCCGGACUCGCCUCUGCUCAUUACCUCAAAGAAUCUGGAAUUACGGACGUCGUGGUUCUGGAGGCUGACCAGAGAAUUGGCGGAAGGAUAUACACGACGGAAUUCGGUAAGAAGGCUUCCGGUGACAAAGCCAUCAUUGAACUAGGCGCGAAUUGGAUUCACGGCAGGGCCCAUAAUCCUGUUUACAAAAUUGCUUUGGAAAAGGGACUUCUUGAGCCACAUGUUCUCCUUGACAGAACUGAUGACUGCAAAAAGCAUGAACUUGGUAUACGAGUAGCCCCGGAGAAGCAAAAAGGUCCUCCUGAUUUGGGGUCACUGGUUCGUGAUCGAUCAAGGAUGGAAGGCCAUUUUCACACAGAGGACGGACGACGCGUAAACAAGGAUCUCGGCGAUAAACUUUGGGAGAAAUUUCUCGCAAUUGAAGAAGAUUGUAGCAGUUUUUUCGAAGACAAUAUUGAGACCAGCUCUACCAUUGCCGAUCAUUUCAGAGAACGACUGGCCAUCGAAAUUGAACAUUUUUCCCAAGAAGACAGAUCGGAUCUUAGACUUUUGGCCAACACCAUGCUGAACUACCUGAGCUUCCAUAUUGGGGACAACCUGGAUUUAAUGUCGCUUAGGUAUGAUGGGUCCUAUGACGAAAUACCAGGAGGAAAUGUUAAAAUACCGAAAGGGUUCACAGAAGUCGUUAAAAUAUUUACCAAUAAUUUUGACGUUGAUACUAUUAAACUAGGAACAACCGUGACGAACAUAGAUUGGGACCAAUCAAAACACGGACCAAGCUCCGUCAAAGUUUCCUGCAGUUUGACUGAUGGAGAAGAGAUGUUUUACACAUGUGAUCAUUUAAUAGUCACGUGUUCCCUUGGUGUGCUGAAAAAGGCCGUUGAAGACAAAUCUCUUUUCAGACCAGAGCUUCCCAUAGAUAAAUGCGAAUCUAUCAACAAAAUUGGGUUUGGGAAAGUAAACAAGAUUUUUCUUCAUUACGACAAACCAUUUUGGGAACCUGGCAGAGCCAGCGUCAAACUUGCAUGGUCUGGUAAAUAUGCCGAUGUCGACGAAAAGUCGGAAUGGUACAGGAGGUUUUACAGUUUUGACGAGGUCAUGGACAACCCAACAGUUCUAGUCGCUUGGAUCAGUAGCAUUGCUGCAGUUCACAUGGAACAGCUACCGGAAACGGAAGUGAGUAAGACAUGUACUGCCAUAUUGCGUCAGUUUCUGAAUAAUCCAGAUGUUCCAGAGCCUACCAGUGUAUUGAGGAGUUCUUGGUGCUGUAAUCCUCUCACCCUAGGAUCUUAUUCGUAUGUUAGCAUGGACUCCAAUCCCACUGAUAUCACUACUCUGUCGGAACCUCUCUAUAACCCGGACCGGAAACCAGUCGUUCUGUUUGCAGGAGAAGCAACGCAUGUGCAGUGGCGUUCCACGACACACGGAGCUCUCGAUUCCGGAAAAAGAGAAGCGAAUCGACUUGUGAAAUACAUAACUAAUGACGGGUCAAAAAGCAAGUAAAAUAUAUUGCUUUUGAGAAUAAAGUAUCCUUCGAAAUUAGAUCUGUUUGACAUGCUAAAUUGGUAGCGAUAAGGGAAGUGAUAAAGCAAUAUUAAGACUAUAUUUAAAUCGAAGCGGAGACUUCGUGGAUAGUUUUGCACUCGGCAAUCCAAUGUUUGGUUUGAUUUCGUAUUUUACGUCCUACUAACAGCUUUGGUCAUUUAAGGACGUGCCAGGUUUUGGUGUUGGAGGAAAGCCCGGAGUAACUGGAGAAAAGCCACCGAUCUGCAGCCAGUAUCUGGCGACUGCCCAACGUAUGCCUCGAGCCAGCAACCCAGUGGUGGAGGCCUAGUGAUUACAGACUUUAAGACACCUCUACCACUUGUCCACCGCGGCCCCUAACCCCAUGUUGGUACGCGACACACUGUUCAAUCAUAUUAAGUGUUCUCAUUUCGUUGUGCAAUGCAGACCAAUAUCACGAUGUGCCUACAUAUCAAGUUUGAAGACAAUACUUGAAGCAGAGUGCAGCUUUGGAAAUCUACACUUCUGCAUCUGGGAUCUAAGAUCAAGGUAAAAAAUAUCAGAAGAGAUCGAGAUAAAGUUGAUUUGGAAUGCGACAGUGCCUUUACAUGAUAUACCUUUAUUACAAAUUUCAAGUCAAUAUCUGAAACAGUGUCCUAAAUAUUGUUUGGAAACCUGUAUUUCGGUCAUUGACAUAAAGUGCAAACAAAGGUCGAAGCGAUUUCUUCUUCUUCUUCUAAUGCUAAAGAUGAUUCUUGUUAGAGUGUUUCACUCCAUCGACGUGCCGUGCACCUGCCCAAGCCACAGGUUAAAAAACUUAACGGGAUAAAAAGAUAUUUUUGUAAUUUUGUGCAGAAGGUAAAAGCAUUUGACGAUACAAUGACUGCCAGUCCCCAGGAGGUCGACAGCUUGUAAGCAGAACCUGUAUACUGGACGAUCCUCCGAUUACAUUGUCCUUGAUGACGUUUAGUAGUUUGCUCCACCUUCAUGUGGUUCUGGGAAGAAAACUGUUACAACAGGAAGACGUCAAGACGCGCUGGUAUAUGUUGGUAGUUAAGGCUUUCUGUUCUGGUUCUAGAGUCUUAUAACUUCUGUAAUUGUUCAAAACUGGAGUCUAGUCGUUGGUGAAUAAUGUUGUACAGCAUCGGUACUCUAGAUCUUACUUUCCUUUAUUCCAACUGUUCUUAGCAGGGUAGUUGUAGAAGAAUGGCGGUCAUACUGCCAGGUUCCGUCGAUUUGAAGUCCCCAACUACAGAUCUUGCGACGGGACUCUAUAACCUUGCGACGGGACUCUGUAACCCCUGCAGAUGUUUAAUAUGGGUACCUGUGUAAGGAUCCUCGGUUGAGGCGGCAUAUCCAAGAACUGGGCGGACAAGCAUGAUGUAUGUGUGGGCUUUGACAUCUUUAGGACAAGCGUAGAUGUUCUUCAAGAGGAAGUCGGUGGUUUCGAUGCCGUGCUGAUGUGAUCUCGCCAUGACAGGUUCGAAGAGAUGCUAAUCUCCAGGUAGACUCUGGAUUGGCUAAAGAAGGAAUUUUGGUUUAUCCAUUUGAGUGCUGGAGCACAUUUUGUAAGCAGUCUCAGGGAUUAAUACAUGGCCAAAUGCCCUAUGUAAGCGGUCUUCUAAAUAUAUUUUCUACUCCCAGUGCGUUCACUCGUAUUCUGGGCAUCGAUAGUGAAGGCGUUCCACCCGGAGCUUGAACGGUGGUGAUAUUUGCUAGAACGGAGACGUGUUUGAACUGUUCGUUAAGUAUCACAGAUUUUGAUUUUGCUUCACUGUAAACUGACCCUUCUGAGGUUCUUAGGGGUGCAGUGCAGCCCCAACUGCUUCUUGUCGUUUGUUCUUGGUGUGUGACUAGAAACUGUUGUGGUUGUGGUGACAAUCUAUGCUGCUGAUGCUGUGCUUGUUGAGGAUAAGUCUGACCGUCAGCUAUGUUCCCGCCCUUAAUGAUCUAUAUAUAGUCCAGUCUUGUUCCAUCAAACCAAAUCCACUGUUUCACAAUUACUGAUGUUUCACGAAAACAAAAUCUGGUGUUUCUUGAUAUAUAUUGUUAUUUAACAAUAAUUGGUGUUUCUUGGUUAUAGUAGUCAUGAAAUUAUUUUUUUGUUAUAAAUGGCGUUUCAUUAUAAUUGAUGUUUCAUUAUACUAACUUUUAUUGGAUGGUAAUAACUGGCGUUUCAUGAUAAUUGAUGUUGCUUCUUGGUAAUAACUAGUGUUUCCAAGCUGUAGUAUUUGUGUCAUGUUAAUAACUGAUGUAUCAUGAUCAUAACUGGGCUUCUGUGUUAACAGAUGAAAAACUCAAUUGAUAUUUGAGUUUCAUAAGACAAUUCAGAUCGAUGUAAUAAACAAUAAACAACACACACAAUGACACAAAUAAAACAUUUAUUGAAAUAACACCAUAUAUAACAGGUGAAAGGUUUUAAAGGUUUUCGACCUUUUGAUCAAAUUAGUGAAAGCUUACCGCUAAAUCUGGCAAGAAACACAACUCUUACAGAAUGGCUUUGCACACAUGGAUAACCUGUAGAUAUAUAUCGGCAAACAGAAAUACGUUGUGGAAUAUUACUGAAGCUAUAGCAACAUUGAAACACUUUUGCAAUCACGAUUACUUUCUCUUUACAAUUGUUUAUACUAAGGUAUAACACCUGACCAAUCAAUUCAUUCCAUUAAUAAUUUCAUAUAUAUUAAAUUAUUAUGCCAUCAGCUAAUCGCGAGCUACUCUUCUAUUAAACUAGCGACUUUGCGAGAAGAUGGUGAAGAGGAAGGCUACAUAUCAAAGUAUAAUAACCGGAAUAAAUGUAUGGACUUGAAGUAUUUCUUUGAUGUUAUUAUUGACAAAUCACCUCUACAUGACAUUAAGCUUUGUAUCACAUGUAAAAAUACUUUACCACACAUUACAGUAGCUACCAAUCCUUCAAGAACGGGGUCAGGCUCCCUGAGCAGGAGGAGGUAACACUAUAAUGAGUGGAUGUGAGCUUUACCUGGAUAGAUAAGUAGGUGAUAAAAAGUUUUGGGUCGGCAGAAAAAUCUAGGAUUGGUUGGGAUACCUGAACACAUUUGUUUGACCUAUUACAUAUGCAUGUGAUGGAGGCUGCUAAGUGAAAUGAUAAACAAAUUUGCAGCAGGUACAACUAAGUGACAAAUUUGAUGUUUCUAAGGAAACACCUUGCCUGGGGAACGAUAUAACUUCGUUACAAGGAAGAUUUAGUAACAAUGACGCUAGGUGGCGUAUAUGCUACCUAGCAAGUAGUAAGUUAGAGUUGUUCCCCUUGACUACGCUUAUAAGGGAGACUUCGUAUAAAGGGAGACCUUGUAAGAGGGAAGAUUAGUUAUGAGGAAGAUUUAAUAUCAAGGAAAACUUUAUUAAAAGGAAGAUUUGGUCAUAACGAAAACUUCGUUAUAAGGAAGAUGUAAUAAAACUAAGAUUUAGUAGAAAGGAAGACAUCUUAAUAAAGAAGAAUGUAUUAAAGGGGACUUCGUUAUGAGGAAACUUAUGUGUUGAAAAUUCUUCGUUAUAAGGAAUACUUUGUUAUAAGGAAGACUCAUAACAAGGAAGACUUCGUAAUAACGAAGAUUUCUUUAUAAAAAUACACGUAAUAAGCUUGUUCCGUCAGCGAUCUUUACUGCAGUCGAUCAAACAGAUGCAAACGCUAUAGAUACAAAUGACUGCUGAAUUAAAUACGAAACAUACAUUGAAACAAAGUCAAGAAAAUGUAUUAUUCAAAAAUCAUAAAAUACAGAUCAAUUCUAUCUUUACAACAAAAAUGUUACUAUUAAGGUAUACUGUUACAUAUAAAACAUGACUGAAAAAAUUUAAUACUAUAAGAUUUGAAUAACUGUAUAUAACUUUGUUUUCACGGGAAAUUAACUUCGCGUUAAUUUUCCAGUAGAAUCGUCCGCGAACAUAUGUUUCAUUUUCUUUAGCUGCUUAUGUUUGAUUCUGAUUCUUUCGUAUUCCUAGAAAUGUAGGAUGCAUAACACCAUCUUGUAAUAAGACAAAAGAAAAUAUCACGUUAUACGUACGUGGUAAUUUUAUCGACUGUAUUUUCUGACUGUACCUUAACUUAAACAAUUUAAAAUAUCAAUUUACAUCAAAACACAGGUGAUUUGCAUCAGAUUUAAACAUUCUCAUCAAAGCUUGCGUAAGAACACCUGUGACCUGCAUUAGGUCUACUAACAAGAUUAAAACAUAUACUGUAAAAUGGAAAUUUUGGCGUGUGGAUAUCUUCGUGUUGUUACUAUUCAAAAUAGUCGCGGUGUAGAAUUUUUCGCUUUGGCAAUAAUUAUUAAAUCUGUAUAACCUAUAAAUCAUCAUCUGUAUAAUCUAUAAAUUCUUAUUCGCAUACAGACAUUUUCGCUCUUCUUUAUUCAACGAGAAACGCGACUAUUUCCACACCGCGAACAUUUCCAAUUUGACAGUAUACCAUUUCACAAACACUUCAGCAUACCGAGAUUUUUAAUAUGUUGUAUUAUUAUUCUUAUAAACCUUCUAAUCAGUUGUUUAUUAUAAAGUAUAUAUAUAUAUAUAUAUAUUUAUAUGCAAGAUGUGAUUGCUAUAUGAAAUGAGUCAAAAGACUCGCGGUUAUAUAAGAUUUAAAAUAAUGAUCGUAAUAGUUUAUUAUAUUUUACAUAAAUAUAAAAGUAAGGCCUAACAUAUGGAGUGAGAUGUGUAAGAGUAUAUAAACGACUAACAUAUACUAAUAUAUACCAAAGAGUACGUGCAAGUUGACACAAGAGACAUAUAAGGGAUAUAAAGUUAUAAUAAUAAUAAACAAGUUAAAUGAUUGGUUUGGUUCUCACUGAGUUUUGGCAAUAUUUAAUUGUUGGAAGUGUAUACAACUGUAUGGCUAUCAUUUCAGCAUCAAAGAAGACGAGACAGAAUAAUAAGAAUCACUUUUAAACUUCAAUUAAGCCUAAUGUGAAAGGGUGCUGUAAAGCUAAUUUUCAGCCGGACCAACUUCCCCUGCCGCGCUGUUUACGGAUUCAUUAGAUUAAAUCAAAAGUAUUCUCCAUACUUUUCGAAGCUUGGGUAAAUCCAAGACACUUUAAAAAAAAAGACUCGUCCUGUUCCACGCAUAGAAAUCGCAUGGUCGAGGAAGUUUGCCUCAUUGUGAUGUUACUUCCGUAUAUAUAAAUAAUUAUUUUAAUUCAUUACAACAAGACACGCAUGAUAAUACUACCUAGAAUUACCAAAAUUCAGCUAGAACCCGUCUUUAUUUUAAAUGACACUGGUACUUUUGAACAUAGAGACAAAUACAUGAUAUCAAGUUUUGAAUUCAAGAAAAUUAUAACACCAUCACAUUUACUCUCGAUCGAUCGAUCGAUCGAUCUCGACUUCCUCUCAACUUCUUGAAAGAAUGUGACUUGAUAUUCGUCUGUUGCUAGACAAGCCCCCGACUUGUUAUAAAACAGUU